CUCGCCCGCUGCGGCUUCCUCAGCCAGCACCCAGUCCUCUGCUCGUCCUCAUCACAAGGCGUCUAAUCGCCCUUGCCCUUCUCCAGUCUGGUCCCGGCCUCCCUCACGCCCUUCUUCUCCCUGGACUUCUCUGCUCGCACCCGUCCUCUCCGUCCUGCUCGCGCACGAUACCUCUCCCGAUCACUCGCUGCACAUCGCCCGAGCCCGAAAUGAGUCGCUACCACCCGAGCACCCAGUACACCUCGUCGGCAAUUGCCGGCCCAGGACAAGGCCAGGAUGCCGCCCGAGUGGACCUCCGCCACGAGCGAGACGACUCGCUGUCCGACUCGGAAACGAGCACGUCCUUCAACGCCUAUUCGGAGAACGUCAAGGAUGAUGCGCCCGUGCACGACGCAGAUGACCCGUACCUCGCGCUCACGUCCCAGACUCUGAACGCGGAUGGCACCCCGAAGCGUCCCAUGAACGCGUUCAUGAUAUUCGCCCGGAAACGCCGUCCGCAGAUAUCCGCCGCGAACCAGAUGAUGCGCACCGGGGACGUCAGCAAGAUCCUGAGCAAGGAGUGGAACACUAUGGAGAUGUCCGACAAGAAGUUUUACCUCGAUCAAGCGAAGAAGCUCAAGGAUAACUUCAAUUCGAAAUAUCCCGACUACGUGUACCGUCGGCGGCCGAACAACUCGCGCAAGAAGCGCAAGCCCGACGCCGCGCACGACGACGGACACGACGUCGGACAUGCGGACCCCGACGACCCCGGAUACGAGGACACCUCGCCGGUCGACGGCGACGAUACGCUCAUGAUUCCCUCCCCACAGGAGGUGCAGUAUACGCGCACGCAUGCGCUCAACCCCUCGCCCGUGUACCACACCCACGACGCCGUCGGCGGGCCCACCCCGCCCCCAGGGUGCACAUAUCCUUAUUCGUCCGACUUUCACACCUCCCACGCCGUCCCGCCCGCUCGUCAUCUCUCCCAUCUCGCGCCCGAGUCCGCCAUGCCGGGCUCAACCGUUGGCGCCGUCCGACCGUCGUCGUCGAUGCACGACCUCAACGGGCUUCCCCCGGGCUACCCGCCCCACUCCAUGUACCAAAAUCCGGGCCACCAGUCGUCCAUGUAUGGCGCGCAGGGCCCACAUCCGUCGUCUGCCGGUCUUUGGGAUCCCUCCCGUGGAGGCGCAGGCGCGAGGUCUGAACACACGCGUUCCAACUGGCCGGUCCUGCCGGCACUAGAUAUUACCCUCGCGCGGCAGCGAACAUACGCCUCCUCGACAGGACCGCUCGGGAAUGCAAACGCCAACGGGAAGACGGAAGCGUACUCGCCGCAGCUUCCCAAUCGCCCGUGGUCCAGCGCGACCUCGUCCACCGCGUCCAGCAGCUCUGGCGGCGCGUCCACGUCACACUACGGGGGCAGCAACCAAUUUCCUACGCUCAGCUCCGCCUUUUUUCCGAGCGAAUCUCCCGCCGCGAAGGGCAUAGACGUCUCCUCCCCCGCCUCCGCGCACACCACGCACGACUACUACCCGCCCUCCUCUGCCGCCGGGCUCCAGUCUGGCGCCGUCCCCGGGCGCCGAGGAAGCACAGGACCAGGGCCGGGCCCAGGGCACGAACAACAGGGGAGCUACGGAUCGGCAGCGCAGUACAGCGCGGGGGCGCAGCAGAGCGCCGCCCAGGCGUGGUCGCAGCACUUCUCGCGCGGAGGCGCCGGGGGAGGCGGAGGGGGCCCGCAGCGCGGGUCGAACUUGCACCAGAUGUCUCCGUACGGACUGCAGGGCUCUCCGGGUGCGGGGGAGGGCAGCUCGCGCUCCCCAGGAUCGGGCUCGAGCGCACACUCGACGGCGCCGCCGCUCAGCUUCUGGGACGAGCGGUUCGGCGGGCGAUGAGUCGUGCGGCUCGGUUGGGGCUGUUCCGUCUUUCUGCUGUAUGGUGUAACUAGGUGCCGCGCGCACGCAUGGGCUCUCCUCUCUUCUCGCCGCUUGUGAUGGUUCCGUGGACUCAUCGAUAGCUCUCCCCAGGUCGCAUGAUUGUGAUACCAUAAUGUCGCUCGGAUAAUGCAGCGCCCCUACGCCCCCACCUCGCUCGUCGCCGUCCGGUGCGUCCCGCCAGGCCUUUGUUCCCGGCGGGGCUGCUGCGACCGCGGCGCUUUUGCGCUGCUGUUGAUGAUGAUACGAGGUCUCUGAUGUUUUCGCUGCUCGGGCCCCCGCCACUGUUGUUAUUCUUUGUUCUAUACCAAUCCAGAGACCCGCUUCCGGACCACCACUAGCCCCCCACUACGCACGUUGUUGUAACCGCCAUCGCCACGGCAGGGGCGGCGGCCCCGUCUUUGUAUCAUUAAAUCCGCGCCGCGCGUACCCGCGCGUGCGCCGUAUUAUGUACCGCCAUCUGUAUACUAUCCAAUCGCGUCC